AUGGUACGUCAGCCCCACGACGGGAUGAUGGCAGGCAUCACGGACAACAGCCCAAUACCCGAGGGACUCGCAGCAACCAAUGGAGUGAAGCAGCGCUGCGUACACGCUCCCACCCCCUUUGGCCUCAUGUUCUCUGCCAUGCUGAUGGGUGACUACCGCGAUGAGCGCCUAGGGAUACGCAUCGCCUACAGAAAUAACGGGCACCUUCUCAACAGCAGGCACAUGCAGGCCCCCACGCCACGAUCAACGACUACUGUCCACGAUCUGCUCUUCGCCGAUGACUGUGCGCUUAACACCACGACUGAAAAAGACAUGCAACGGAGCAUGGACCUCCUCGCCGCCGUGCGUUAA